AUGACUAUCCUACGAGCUGCCCACCGGGCCUGCAGCCUGCGCAAGUCUCUGGCAAAUCCCAUCCGCAGCUAUGCUACCUCGCCAGCCCAACCCACAACUUCUCCUUUUGCUCCUCGCCAUCUUAUGUCCAUCUCCGACCUGACUACGGCUGAAUUGAGCACUCUAGUCCGCAAUGCAGCCUCUCAUAAGGCAGCUGUCAAAUCUGGCCAGGUUCCCGCUUCACUUCAAGGGUCUCUGUUUGGUAAAUGUGUUGCCUUGACCUUCAGCAAACGUUCUACUCGCACUCGUGUUUCUACCGAAGGUGCAGUUGCACUUAUGGGUGGUCAUCCCAUGUUCUUGGGCAAGGAAGACAUCCAACUCGGUGUCAAUGAGUCCUUGUACGAUACCUCCGUCGUCAUCUCAUCCAUGGUGUCGUGCAUUGUCGCUCGUGUCAAUGGUCACGAUGAUGUUGCCAACUUGGCCAAACACUCAUCCGUUCCUGUCAUCAAUGCUCUGAGUGACUUGUAUCACCCUCUGCAAACCAUCGCCGACUUCUUGACUAUUCAUGAAGCCUUCCCCUCUUCCCAGACUGCCAACGUGCAAGGUUUGGGACUUGAAGGCUUGAAGAUUGCAUGGGUUGGUGACGCAAACAAUGUGCUUUUCGAUCUGGCCAUUGGUGCUAUGAAGUUGGGUGUUGACAUUGCCGUCGCUACUCCCAAGGGCUACGAAAUCCCCGCUGCUAUGCGUCAGAUCAUUCAAGACGCUGCAAAGACCUCUCCUAAGGCUGGCUCGCUCGUUGAGACGACUAUUCCCGAAGAGGCUGUUAAGAACGCCGACAUUCUUGUCACGGAUACAUGGAUCUCCAUGGGCCAAGAAGCAGAAAAGAUUGCUCGUCUGAAGGCAUUCGAAGGUUUCCAGAUCACGCCAGAGCUGGCCAAGCGAGGAGGUGCCAAAGAGGGCUGGCAAUUCAUGCACUGCUUACCCCGACACCCUGAGGAGGUCAGCGAUGAAGUGUUCUACAGCCCCAAGAGUCUGGUCUUCCAGGAAGCAGAGAAUCGUCUGUGGGCCGCUAUCUGUAAGUCACAGCACUUCUGGAAAAAUUCAACACAAUGCUAA